AUGUCUAUGAGCUCUGUUGACUUUAACACCGAUUUCUUUCUUUUCCUACAGAAAGAGAAUGCUGGGGGUGGUCACCGCCGGUCAUGCCUCAAUCAUGAUUCAGAACACUCAGAUGACGGGGGAUAUGAUGGUGAUAGACAUUCCUGGAAUCGAUCCUUUAGCUUUUUAAGAAGAAACAGCAGCAAGAAAAAGAAAGAUAACCAGGAUGCCAGCAGUGUGCAGUCCAUGGGUCAGGACUUUUCCUCUGGACUUAAACCCGAGCACGCCACAGGACACACCAACAUGACUCGGGCAGGAUCGGACUUCUCCCUGCGCUCGGGAAACAAGUCCCCCUCCCUGCCAGCCUCCCCCAUUUCUCCACGGUCCCCCAUCAUGCCUAGGGCCUUCCACUCCCCCACCUCCUCCCCACUGGUGGGGCGACGAUCCAUGUCCCCAAGGCGUGGUGGAGAUUAUGGCUUUGCCUCCGCUGUUUCAAACAUCGUGGACCAGGCUCAUUAUAUCUCGGAGCAGGAUAAACUUAAGAGAUAUGGAAUAGGAGCGCGACAUGACGACAGUUUGAGUAUGAGUCUACCCAACUCUCCCUCUCAGCGCCUCCACAGUUUGAUUCGUCGACCCCCACUUAUCUCUCAGGAGAAGGUUGUGUGUUCCCCAUCACCUAGUCCCCAGCCAUUAAGACACGCCAACCGUGACAGCACAUUUUAUAGAUCCACCUCACUGGAGACCAGAUCAAGAAGCCCCUCCCCCAACACCACUCCCUCACAGACCCCCCUACAGGAGUACUACGGCACCGCCAAUCUGACCGACAGGUCACGUAGUCCUAGCCCCGCUUCCACGCCACCCAAGAAACAGACAAGAAAACUUCCAAGUGUGCCACUUGUCAAGCCUUCAACUCUUAAUCUUGCUCAACCCAAAUUGAAAGAAAACAUGCCUAGAGUGUUGCCUUCUCCUACUGUACCUAAAUCGGUGAAAUCUCCUGGAAAUAUUAACUUUCCUAGACUUAACACAUCACCCACACACAAGCCCAAAAAUAAAAACAUUCCUCCCCCCAUCUCCAAUUACCCCCCACCCCCAGGAAAGUUUGGGAGGCCUGAGCCAUAUAGCCCCACAGAGAGGAACAAUCUCAAUAAAGUGAGUGCCCCCUCCUCAAGUCAUUCCAAGACUUUACCCCAAGUAGGGCGGCGGUCUAAUAACGGUGAUCAAUGGAAUCGGGAUCGGUCCAAUUUCAACAAAUUUAGAUCUAGUAGUCACUCACCAGAUGUUAAUAAAAGCUCGAGUGAAAGAACUAAAUUUCUGGCUAGUGAAUUUGAAGAGCCCAGUUCUAGUGUAAACAGAGGCAGACAGAGACACUCUCCAACAGUGCCUAAUGGGAUUAAAGCUCGUAAAAAGAAGCCGGAGAAAUUAGAAAUGCGCAGUGAUAGUAACAUUCCAUUGAAUAACGAUUCCGACGAGUCAGAAUCUGACUGGUGUUAGCUAGAUAAGCAUUCAAAGACAAUCUGGUGAUUUUUUUUCCCCUUUUGAAAUCAUGUUCAAUAUUUAUUAUGAUAUAUCAUCUUAUUAAAUUGUUAUGUCAUCCUGAAUUGGAUGUUUGUAUGCCUUUGCUAUUUGUUUCAAGCAUAAGAGUUGAGAGAUUGUGAUUUUUAUACAUGGUUGUCUAGGAGAAAUGAACUGAUAAAUACUUAGUACAUUGUAUUUAUAUACAUGUAGUAGAUAAGGUGUGUUUUCAUACUUUUUUCAGUAUUCAUAUUACAUUUAACAGUAAUUAGAUUGCCUGUACCAUCCAUAGUGAAACUUUUCAAGAUUUAAUAGUCUUUAACUGCAAUUUGUGGUUUAGGAUAUUCCAGUGUACACGUCUUUCAUUGAUUUCAAGAGGUAUGUUUUAUUCUUUAGCA